AGCAGUGAAUCAAAUCAAUAAUUGAAUGCUAACAUCACCAACAUUAUUUUCUACAGAUCUUGCUUAUACUAUACGUAGCUUCCACCCCCACCACUACUCUUAAUCAAUGUAGGUUGAGUUUCAUCGCUACUUUUAUUUAUCAUAUUCAUUGAUUCAGGAAGUGCUUUCCAGGGAGCUUUUCUCCUGGAAUCUGGAUCUCAUCAAGUUAUGUUUUAUUGAAGAAGAUUCUUACCAGGAACAUAAUUUUCCAGGUUUCAGAUCCUUCUACUUCUCUAGAUUGUUUUGUUCAAUCACAUUUUCUUAGAAGUUACUUCCGGGAAUGAUUGAAUUUUUGUUUUCUUCAUUGUAUGAAAACAUGAUUUCCGGAGAAGAUGAUGUUAAAAAUGCUGUGUUGCCUAUACUGAAACUCCUUUCAAUUACACUGUUUGGUUUAAUUCUUUCCCACCCGAAAGUCCAACUCAUCCCAAAAGCCACUUUCAAGACACUCAGCAAGCUUUUAUUUGUUCUCUUCUUGCCUUGCUUGAUAUUCAUUCACCUCGGUCAAUCCGUUACUCUUGACAAUAUUAUCCACUGGUGGUUCAUUCCUGUAAACGUUGUUGUUAGUACAGCCAUUGGUUGCAUAUUGGGCGUUUUGGUGACGCUAAUAUGCCGACCGCCGCCGCAAUUCUUCCGGUUUACAAUCAUCAUGACCGCUUUUGGAAACACCGGGAACAUUCCUCUUGCUGUUGUUUCGUCAGUUUGCCACAACACGGAUAAUCCUUUUGGUAUUGAUUGUUAUAGUGCUGGAGUUGCAUAUGCAUCUUUUUCUCAGUGGGUUUCAGUCAUUCUUGUCUGCACUCUUGUUUACCACAUGAUGGAACCUCCAAUGGAGUAUUAUGAGAUUGUGGAAGAAGAAUAUCAAAUCAGUGAAAUUGAGGAAGUACCAAUUGUAACUGAGGAUCUCAGUAGGCCACUUCUUGUUGAAGCAGAGUGGCCAGGAAUGGAGGACAAGGAAACUGAGCAUUGCAAGACACCUUUUAUUGCAAGGCUGUUUAAUAACAUUUCAGGCAUCUCAAAUCCAACGAUUCCUGAUUUUGAGUCCCCGCCGGAGGAGGGAGGUUCCGCCAGUCCAAAGUCUCUCAGGUGCUUGGCUGAGCCUAGAAUGGUUAGAAAGAUUAGAAUUGUCGCUGAACAUACACCAAUUUGCCACAUUCUUCAGCCCCCCAUUUUCGGUUCUCUAGUAGCAAUUGCUGUUGGGAUUAUUCCUGGACUAAAAUCCAUUGUAUUUGGCAGUGAUGCUGCACUAGAAGUUAUCACAGACAGUUUAGACAUUAUGGCUGAGGCUGCAGUGCCUUCAGCUAUGCUCAUUAUCGGAGGAAUGUUAACAGAAGGUCCAGAAGAAUCGAGACUCGGGCUUAGAACUACAAUUGGUAUUAUUGUUGCAAGGCUUUUUGUUCUUCCUGUGAUUGGAAUUGGAGUCAUCUGUUUGGCCGAUAAGUGGAACUUUUUGGUCACAGGGGAUGAAUUGUAUCGGUUCGUGAUAUUUCUGCAAUACACAACACCAAGUGCCAUUUUGAUAGGUGCAAUUGCCAGCUUGAGGGGCUAUGCAGUUAGUGAAGCUUCAGCACUCCUCUUCUGGCAGCAUGUUUUUGCCAUGUUCUCUCUUGCAUUAUACUUAAUCAUCUACUUCAAAUUUUUUCUAGUCUAUGGCUAAGGAGGCCAGCCCGGAUAUCUUCUGGGCUAUAUUCCGAUUCAUUGCUGCAAUGAGAAAAUCAGAAGGAUAGCAAAACUUUCGGUUGAAAAUGAUGGGGAUAAAGAUGCUUAUCACAAGGUACAAAAUCAUACUGGCAACAAAAAGUAGGAAGAUUUUGAGGGCUACUUUUGUCAUAAAUGGAAAAUGAAAAAAAUUUGUGAAUUCUAUCAGAUGAUUGAUUGAUUGAUUGAUUGCUCUGCCCUAUCUUUUUCUUUUUUUAAUUCUUCAGCUUUCUUAUAAUUAUUUCGGCGCAUAUGAUGUUCUGAUAAGUCAAUGGUGUAUUCAAUUUGCUUUAGUGCAGUCUAAAUGUACAUCUUCAACUAACAGCAA